AGUUCUAUUAAUACACAGCUGUUAUUGAUUUUUGUAUUCGUUUCACGAUGUUGAAAAGUAGCAAUUUGAACAGUGUUAUGCAUAAGUUGGAUGAAGAGCAAACAGACAACAUGCAACAAGAUGCUCAAACUGACAAUAAUAACGCUGCGCCCAAAGAGGCAGCAACAAAUGAGAGUAGCGCUAGCAUGGCCGCUUUAAACUUAUCCGAUGGGGUGCUGCAAGUAGUUGAGCCGCCCAUAGAACGAGCGCGAGGGCAGGUCAAGGAGUUGAUUGGCAAGCAAAAUAAAAUAUAUAUAGAUCUGUCGAAGGAAAAGUAUAAAUUAGACGCCAGUGAGCUGGCCGAGGUAACUGAAAUGUUGAACAAUGUGAAGCGCUACCAAGUUAAGCUGAUGAAGUUAAAGAAGGACAUGACGACCAUUUAUCAACGUACUAAAAUGUUGAGGAAACGAGCCGAAAAUGUAAAAUGCUGCAAAUACCGCGACUGUCAGCGCAGACUGGACAAACAAAAGCAGGAAGAGUCGCUCAUAGGCAGUCAACCGCAAUAGUUCACUAAGUACAAACAUUAAUUAAAUAAAUUAAUCAACAAAUAUUUCCAUUACUCGUAGUAGUUAAAACUAAUAAAGCAUAUGUCAACAUUAGGUUGAAUAAUAUUUAAACAAUUGUUGCAUUUUAACUAAAUUAAAGUAAACCGCAUGCAGCUGCGACAAUAUUUAACAAAUAAUUAACUAGCUUAGGUGUAAAAAGAAACUUUUAAACAUUCACAGCGCAAAAAUUUGCUUAAUUUCAUGCCAAAACUACAAGUACAUGCAUAUAAUAUAA